AUGAACAACAUUGACCCGGGAGACGCUAGUGUCGAUGUGCUGGCUCUGUUGCAAGAGCAACUCGAGGCCAGAAGCAAACCAACUGUUGUGAUCGAGUCCACCGUUCUCCUAAUCAUCAAUGUGGCCUCGCUGGUGGGGAAUGCUAUGCUGUGCUGUAUCGUUUACCGCAAUCACAGACUUCACACUCCCACAACUAUGCUAAUUUUUGCGCUGGCCUUCACGGACCUGUUAACUUCUGUGACCGUGAUGCCGCUAACAGUUGACGCUGCCAUCUACAGCAAAAGGCGUUUCAGCAACGCCGUCUGUAAAGCGCACGCUUUCGCUAUGGCCGUUCUGGCUCAGGUCUCCAUCUUCAUCAUGGCUUUGACAGCUUUCAAUCGCUACGUGUGUGUUAAGAAGCAAAACCUCUACAGGAAGAUCUUCACUAAAAAGAAAACGCUCCUGCUGAUCUCAGCAAUCUGGGCCAUAUCCCUGAUCACCAAUGGCAUUCCCAAUAUCCUGUCCCUGGAUGACUUCUUCUUCUGCCCGGGGUAUCUACUGUGCUGGAGGCGAAUGAUGGCGCCAGCUGCUAUUGUCUCGUUCAACGCCUGGCUUUAUGGCUCCUUCGUCCUCUCCUACGCAGUGAUCGUGGUCUGCUACUGGAAGGUGUUCCGCACCGUGAAGCGACACAACGCAGCCGUUGCCCCGAAUCUGAGCCAAACCAGUCGAGCUGGCAACUAUUCUGAGGAAGCAUCGGUGGCCAGGUCAGUAGCAGCCAUCAUCUUUGCAUUCACCAUCUGCUGGAUCCCGUCAGAAGUGAUGGACACGAUGGACAAGAUUAAUCCACUUCUUCUUCCUCGUCAGGUAAGCAGACAAGCAUUUCUCCACUACCCCAAGGAUUCGAACUUUCCAUUUAACUUGAAUCAAUUUACAAGUCAGGCCGUUAAAGCUAACAUGAAGUUUCUUUCAUCGUUCCAGGUCUUCAUCUUUGCUACCUGCCUGUGGUACUUAAGCAGUGCUAUCAACCCAGUCAUUUAUGGUGUCAUGAAUAAUAACUUCCGAAAAGAGUACAAGAAAUUGUUUGCUGCCAUAGCGCGCGUCAGCUCUGUUGGGCCCUCUACUGAUAACACACCCGCAAACGGCCAUAGCUCCACAAAUGAAAGCAAACAAAAUGUCAAGGAAAACGUUCUAGGGCUUCUAGAGCCCCUUUAACUUCAUAUUACAAUCCCUGGGUUUUAGUAGCUUUAGGUGUGUAGGGAACCUAUAAAUGAGGGGAGGGGCUUAUAUCAAGAACACCUUGUAUCCGGUAUCAAACAUUUAUAAGGGAACUUAUAUUCAAGUGGGGAUAAUAAAUGACCGGAAUAGUUUUUCUUUUGGG